GUCUGUCCGUCACCGUCUCGGGCUCGCUCUCCGCGAAUCCGCCAAGUGUCGUUGCCCUCUCCUGCCACGUGGCACUCUAUCUUCCACGUGGCAUCCCGUCAUCCAUGGCGCAGCUCCCCGUCGCGAUCGCCGUGAGCCUCGCGGGAGGCGUGGCGCUCCUCCUCCGCCGCCGUGGCCGGCGGAAGCGGGACGACGCGAUCCGCGAAUCAGAGGAGGUGGUCGCGGAGGCGGGGGAAGACGGGGAGGGGGAAGGUGGUGAGGGGGACUAUGGGGACCUGGCGGAAGACGACGAGGAGCUGGCGGAGGGGGAAGCGGGGGAUGAGGCGGAGAUGGGGGAGGGGGGGGGCGAGGGGGAAGCGGCGGAGGCGGCAGCGGGAUUGAAGCUGCUGAGAGAGGAGUUUGAAGCAGCCUUGUUCGAUGGGAAGGAGUUUGACAUUGACUGGGAUGAGUUCCCGUACCACAUCAGCAACCACGCCAAGGAGCAUCUACUCGCGUCCUUCUUCGUGCAUCUCAAGCGCACCCGCCUUGCCAAGUUCGUUGCAUGCUUCCCCAACCUCAGCAACUGGAUCCUCCUCUCUGGACCUCACGGCAGCGAGGUGUAUCAGGACACGCUAGUGAGGGCCAUUGCAAGAAAGCUCAACGCACGGCUCAUUGCUGUUGACGCUGACAAGUUCCUCUCCCCUGCGGACAUGUCAUCGGUGCCCAAGAGGAGGGCGACCACAGACAAGCCGCGCGACUCUCUGGACUCCGCUGGUCUCUCCGACUCCCUCGACUCGCCCCUCGUUGUGGUGAAGCACGCUGUGGGCAUAGCAGCCAGGAUGGCUGUGGGGGUGGCUGUGGGGGCUCUGGCGAAGCAGCUGGUGGCGAUGGCAGCAAUGAUGGCCGUGGGGGUGGCUUACGCGAGUUUGGCCAAGCAGCUGGUGGCGAUGGCAGCAAUGAUGGCUGUGGGGAACACUAUCGGCACCCUUCCUCUGUCCCGCCUAUUCCCGUCCUCCACCCUCUCCUCCCACGCUUUCCCUUGCCUACCACCUUUGCAGUAUGCAAGUUUGGCUAAGCAGCUGGUGGCGAUGGCUGCUAUGAUGGCCGUGGGGGUGGCCGUGGGGAACACUCUGGGCACAGGCAGCGGCAGGGGCACAGGGGGCACGGGGGCAGGCGGGGACAGCAACAGUGGCGCUUACUCUCAGAGCGGCGAGGGGGAGGGGGAGGGGGAGGGGCGGGGCGGCGGGGAUGACUAUGGGUUUGGGAGUGGGGGAGGGGAGGAGGAUGGGGCGACCAGGGCGCUGAGAGUGGGGGACCGGGUCACCUAUGUCAACGUGGACGGCUACAGCACGGACGUGCCUGUCCCCAGGUGUGUGGGAACUCUCACAGGUGCCACUGAGGUGCCUGUUGGGAGGCCAGGUGCCACUGAGGUGCCUGUUGGGAGGCUAGGUGCCGCUUGGAAGCCCAGUCGCCCCCGUCGCGGAGCAACGGGGCAGGUGGUGGCGACGUAUGAGACGGUGGGGGUGCGCUUUGACUCGCCGCUUGUAUCCCCACCUCACCUCACUCCCUCCUCUUCCCUCCUCUUCCCUCCUCUUCGCCCUUCCAGUCGCCCCCCUCGUGGAGCAACGGGGCAGGUGGUGGCGACAUACGAGACGGUGGGGGUGCGCUUUGACUCGCCUGUGCCGGGCGGCCACUCCCUCAGCGGCCUCUGUGACGGGGGGCACGGCCACAUCUGCUACGCAUCUGAGCUGCUAUUGGAGGAAUCAUCCAGCAGUGUGAAGGAGUGUGCAGCCACCGUAGCUCUCAUGCAGGUGCUGGAGAAGGAGCUGCCACGUGGACCAAUCAUUGUCUUCAUCCGCGACGCGUCGCGAUUGGCCGAGGCCUCCUCUAGUGCCGCCCAAUUCGAGGCCCAAAUGAGUCGUCUAGUGGGGCCCAUUGUGUUUGUCGGCUCUGUGGCUCGCUCCGAAUCCUCCUCUGCUGCUGCUGCGAAAGAUGCGGAUGCAGCAGAGGGGGCGGCAGGAGGGGCGGCAGCAGCCGCCGGGCCUGCCAGCACGGCGUGGGAGCCGCUCAGCGACAUGUUCCCGAACCGCUUUGUGGUUCGGCAGCCCAGGGCAGGUCCGGCGGCGGAGGUGUGGGCGAAGCUGAUGGAGAGAGAUGCGCAGCUCAUGCAGAUGCUGGCCAACCGGCGCAUGCUGGAGAAGGUCAUGGCAACCAACGACCUCAGCUGCGCUGACUUGGACAAGGUCACUUUUGCCGAGCCGCUGUCGGAAGAAGAGGCGGAGCAGGUGGUGGGGCUGGCAGCAGCACACGCCAUCAUGCAGGGCGCAGCAGAGGGGGCAAAAGGAAAGGCCGAGGGCUCAAGCACAGGGGAGGCAGGGGAAACGGCGAAGGAGAAGGAGGGGGAUGGGGGGAAGGGGAAGGGGAAGGACGAGGAGAGGAAGGAGGGGGGGAAGGAGAGGGAAGCGGAGGAGCGGGGGAAGGAGGAGGGGAAGGAGGAGAGGGAAGGGGAGGUGGAUGAGGGAGAGAGUGACGGAGGCGAUCUGCUCAUCUCAGCCAAGAGCAUAAUGCACGGCAUAGCGCUGCACUGGGGGCUGCAGGAGGAGGCAGCGGAGGUGAAGGUGCCCACCGCUGCUGCUGCCAAGAAAAUCACAUCAGCCAACAAGUUUGAGGAGCGCCUACUAGCAGAGGUGGUACCCCCAGAGGAGGUGGGGGUGACGUUCAGCCAGAUCGGAGCCCUAGAGGCCGUGAAGGACACCCUUAAGGAGCUCGUCAUGCUGCCCCUCAGGCGCCCAGAGCUGUUCACGCGCGGGCAGCUGACGCGGCCGUGCAAGGGCAUUCUGCUGUUCGGCCCGCCCGGCACCGGCAAGACCAUGCUGGCCAAGGCCGUGGCCACCGAGGCCGGGGCGAGCUUCAUCAACAUCUCCAUGAGUGCCGUGCUGCACAAGUGGCUGGGAGAGGCGGAGAAGUCAGUGAAGGCGAUCUUCUCGGUGGCCAGUAAGAUGGCGCCAGCUGUCGUGUUUGUGGAUGAGGUGGACAGCCUGCUGGGGCGGCGAGGGCAGUGGGGGGAGCACGAGGCGAUGCGCAAAGUGAAGAACGAGUUCAUGGCGUGCUGGGAUGGGCUGCGCACGCGCGCUCACGAGAGAGUGCUGGUUCUGGCAGCCACGAAUCGACCGUUCGAUCUCGAUGACGCCAUCAUCCGACGGUUCCCGCGACGUCUCAUGGUGGACCUACCAGAUGCGGACAACAGGGAGAAGAUUCUGAGGGUGAUUCUAAAGGACGAGGAGGUGGAGGAGGGCUUUGACUACCAGGAGCUCGCUGCCAUGACCGAGGGGUACUCGGGGAGUGACCUCAAGAACCUGUGUGUGACGGCGGCAUAUCAGCCCAUCAAGGAGAUCCUCAAACAAGAGGAGCAGGAGAAGCAGAUGAGGCUGCAGCUGGAGGAAGCUUCUAAGAAGGCGGACAGCUCAACUGCAGCAGCAGGAGUGGUGCAACCACCACCACCCGCUGCUGCUGCAGCAGCUACUGCUGGGAGUAGUGAGGGAGGUGAAGGAGAUGCAGCAGCGUCAGCAGCAACAACAGGUGAAUCUGACGGUUUACCAGGAAAGCCCAGCCAAGACAGUCAGCACGGCUCUGCCGCUCCUGCUGCUGUUGCUGCUGUUGCUGCUGUUGCUGCUGUUCCUGUUUCCUCUCCUGCCGCUGCUCAUGCCACUUCUGCACCUGCUGACGCCACUUCUGCACCUGCUGACGCCACUACUGCAACAGCAGCCGAGAAGGAGGGUGGCAAGGGCAGCUUGCAGAGUGUGCAGCAGGGCUUGCAGAAAGAUGUGUCGAGACCUGUUGAAUUGGAGGGGGAUUCUGUGGUGUUAGGUGGUGGUCCCACACAGGGGCAAGGUGCAGAGAGCGGUGAUGGGGUGGGUGGUACUGGUAUGGGCGGCAAUGAGGUGGGCGGCAGUGAGGUGGGCGGCAGUGAGGUGGGCGGCAGUGAGGUGGGCGGCAGUGAGGUGGGCGGCAGUGAGGUGGGCGGCAAUCAGGUUCUGUUCAUUGAGGGCGAUGAGACUGCGGAGAAAAGCUGCCUUGAGGUUUCUUGUAAUGGAGAUGCUUCUAGCGAGAACGUGUUGAGGGGUGAGGAGGAUGGUGACGAUAAGCAGGAAACGGGAAUGGAAGGGAGUGGGAGACGAGGAGCGAGGGGAGGAGAGGAGGGUGUGAGUGUGAAGAGUUAUGAGAAUGGCGGUGGUGCUGUAAUGAAGGGAGAGGAUGAGCGGAUUGCUCCAUUGAAGGACGGCGAAGGUGGAGCAUGCGUUGGAGAGGUGAUCAAAAUGAACGGCACUGUAUCGAAUUCCGCUCUAGUAGACAGUGCUUUGUCGAGUGACCAUUCCAUGAAUAGCGUUUCAGAGAGUGUGACUGCAGGUGGUGUGUCUGAAGAGAAUGCAAUAUGCAGGAAAGAUGGCAGGUCAGUUGAGAUGGAGGGAAGAGGGAAGGAAGAGAAAGAGGUGAGAGCGGAGGUGCGAGAGGCAGGUGCGGGGGUGGCAGAGGCAGCAGGAGGGCGGAGCAUGGAAGGAGGAGUGGCAGAGCAAUUGCGAGCAGAUGAGAGUCGAGCCAAUGCAGCAAUUGCUAAUGGGGGUGAUUCUGCAGCAGCUGAGGCUGGGAGCGACAGGGAGAGAGGGAAUGAGAGGGCUGCAGGGGAUGAGAGUGCCGCGAUUGCAGAAAACAGUAUGGUUGCUGGGGCCAAUACAAUCGCAGGGGAGAGUGAAAGCGAAGGGGUUGCUGAAAGGAAAGAGGCUGCAAUUGCAGAACUACAAGGGGAAGAAGCAGGUUCAUUAGCCGGUUCACGGGGUAACAUGGACGGAGGUGAGAAGGGGUGGAGUGCCAAGGCGGAGGGGAGGGAGGGAAAAGCAGAGGAGGCAGCAGAAGAAGCAGCAAAAGAAGCAGCAAAGGAAGCAGCAAAGGAGGCAGCAGAGGAGGCAGCAGAGGAGGCGCUAGUGAGGGGCAUCGUGGAAGACAUUUUGAGGCGCGGAGCUGAUGACAGCAGCAGCGCCGCCCCUGCUGACCUGUGCGCUGACAUGGCAGCUGCGCUGGAGAUGGUCAAGGAGAUCACACGUGAGGACGACACGUCAGCAACAGAAGCCGAGGAAAAGGGAGGUAGUUCUAUCACAAAUGCUAGAGAAGGUGUGGGUAAAACAGAAGGUGAAGCAGAGCGUAGAGACGGGGAAGAAGGAGGUACAGGAGGCACUGAAAAGGACACUCAGAGCCAAGACCAGCAGCAGUCACAAGCACCAGAUUCCGCGACCUCUCUCCCUCGGCCUCGCAGCGUCUCCCUGCUCCAAUUAGCAGAGGACAGCUGGCGCGAGCGCACUGGUGCAGGGCUGUCAGGAUUGGGCAAGGCAGGAGCAGACGGUGCUGCUGGCAACAGCACCGGCGGCAGUGGCGGUGGUGGUAACCGUGUGUUACGGCUGCGGCCAAUCACGAUGGCGGACAUGCGGGCGGCGAAGCAGCAGGUGGCGCCGAGCACGGCGGGGGACAGCAGCAGCAUGGCGGAGCUCAGGCAGUGGAACGACCUCUACGGGGAGGGCGGCUCGCGCAAGAAGGAGAAACUCUCCUACUUCCUCUGA